CCCUCUCCCUACAGCCAGUCCUUGCCCGGCCAGCAGCAGGAUGUGUGCAGUGUCGGUGUCGGUGUCGUGUCCAAGGCACUGAGACAGAGCCUUCUGAUACGCUUGCAUUCUUUUCUUUUAGGGGUUUUUGGCUGUUGGAUACAUUGAUGUGACCCCCUCCCUUUACUGGAAUGAUGGGGAUCUUUUUGGCAUAUGUCGGAUUUGUUUUCUUUUCCGCGUUAUAUGUACAACAAGGGCUUUCUUCUCAAGCAAAAUUUACCGAGUUUCCACGGAACGUGACAGCGACUGAAGGGCAGAAUGUGGAGAUGUCCUGCGCUUUCCAGAGUGGCUCCGCCUCGGUAUAUCUGGAAAUCCAGUGGUGGUUCCUGCGAGCACCAGAGGACGUUGAGCCGGGGACCGAAGUGGCCGGCGCGCAGGUGGAGCUCUUACCCGACCGCGACAGGGACCCGGACAGCGACGGCACCAAGAUCAGCACAGUGAAAGUCCAAGGAAAUGACAUCUCCCACAAGCUUCAGAUUUCCAAAGUGAGGAAAAAGGAUGAAGGCCUAUAUGAGUGCAGGGUGACCGAUGCCAAUUACGGGGAGCUUCAGGAACACAAGGCCCAGGCCUACCUGAAGGUCAACGCCCACAGCCACGCCCGCAGGAUGCAGGCCUUUGAGGCCUCACCCAUGUGGCUGCAAGAUGCAAAACCUCGCAGGAACGUGUCUGCUGCGGCCCCUGGCAGCAUCCACAGCCCCGCCAACCACCGCGCGCACUCCACCUCCAGUCCGCACGCCAUAGCCAAAAUCCCCAAACAAAGUCCGCAAUCAGGUGCGAGGAUAGCUACAAGCCAUGGACUUUCUGUCCUGCUUCUUGUUUGUGGCUUUGUGAAGGGUGCUUUGCUUUAAUCUAAAGUGCUGACUUUUUUCCAAUAUCACUUUCUCUUCUUAAAGCAAAGAGCAAAUGGCCUGUAAAAUCUACGGAGCGGACAGCAAAGUUGACCCUAAACUCCAAGCACCACCCUGCACCCACUGUACUCUAAUUACCUACAUAGGAGCGCCUGCUUCUGGACGCAUACAAGAAGAGGCUAUCAAACGCUUUGUUGAUAAUAUUUUCUUUGGCAAAUCACUGGUCUUUUAUUUCAAGAGAAUUAGCGUGCAGUGAUAGGACACUUUCUAACAGCAAGCUCUAUUUUUUUUUUUCCUUUCCUUUCAUUGGCGACUAAAACUAUCAUCUCAUCGACUGCUCAGGGGUUGGCCUGGACGUCAUCGGUAUAGUAAAUACUUACUGUGGAUACCACUGAUUUCCCACAAAGGACCCAUUAUCUGCAGGCAGUGAACAGAGAUCAAAAAGCUCCAGAACAUAAACUAUCAUCAAACAAAACCCCCUUUUGGUAGCAAGAACAAAAGCAUCAACACUGCAGGUCAACAAGGAAGACAUUAUUUUAAAUAAGGAAUAACAAAGAAUUUUUUUAUUUUCUCCUUUUUCUUGGAUUUUUCUUCUUUUUUCUUGAUUACAGUUCUUGUUCGCUGGUGGCAAGUGCUGAUUAUGGCCAAUCCCUGUCAAUCCUGGGAGGUUUAUAGUCAUACAUUAUGAGUGUUCUAUAUUUCAGUGUAUUUUAAUUCAUUUUGCAAUUCCUGUAUAUGCAAUCAUGACAAAUUCUGUAAAUUGCUUAUAGUAUGUGUGCUAUAACUUCAAAGUAAAUGUACUAUGACCCUCAUGCAAGCUGAUUUUUAUCAUUAUAUAUAUAAAUAUAUACUUAUGGAUA